AUGGGAACUAUAGUGAAAGCACCAAAGGAGAAAGUUGUAACUCUAGAUGAAACCGAAAAUCAGAGCAGUGAGGAUAAAUCUGGGGAGCAAGAUAAAUCUGGCUUGGUAAUAGACUUAGUACACUCAGCAGAAAAGGGGGAGGGGGUAGCUAGUCUACCUAACACAACCAUCGUAAAGCAGAGCAGUGAGGAUAAAUCUGGGGAGCAAGAUAGAUCUGGCUUGGUAAUAGACUCAGUUCACUCAAAAACAAAGGGGGAGGGGACAACUAGUCUACCUACAAACCCUCAUGAUCGAGACUCGAGACAGAAUGUGACAGCAACCAACCGAAAGACCAAUAAAAGCCAGAAAUCUCAGAGCAAAGUAUGGGAGGAAUCAGUCAAGACUACUGUCUACAGUACAAUGAACCAAGCUGUAACAUGCGGGGUGGUGAUCCCGAGCCGAAAUCUACAGUUUACGGCAACGUUUGUCUAUGGAUCUACAUCACUAAUUGAAAGAAGGCAACCAUGGGAAGAGUUGAAAUUCAUCGGGCAAUACGAGUCUAUUGUCAACUCACCUUGGGUUCUACUCGGGGAUUUGAAUCAGUGUCUCAAUCCGUAUGAACGAUCUGAUCACGGACAACAACAGAGCCAACAAGCUGGUAUGAUAGACCUUCAUGACUGCAUGUUGGCGGCUAGAAUUUCCGAUAUGCCUGGUAGAGGAGCAUCCUUCACUUGGUGCAACAACCACUCACAAAAUCCGUUAUCUGUCAAAUUGGAUCGGGCUAUGACCAAUGGAGCCUGGAAACUCAUGUUCCCCAACGCUUAUGCAGAAUUUGCCAUUCCUGGACAUUCAGAUCAUACUCCCUGCAUUAUCCAUUUUUCGGAUAACCAAACUCAGAGGGUGAUUGAAGCGGAAAAGCUCUUGAAAAGGGUACAACAAGCCUUAUUUGAAGCCCCGAGUGUAAAUCAGAUUGAAGAGGAGAAAUUAAUACGACUGAAAUACAUGACUCUGGUAUCAGCCGAGGAAAGACUGUACAGACAAAAAUCUCGGAUAAGGUGGCUACGCUUAGGGGAUAAAAACACAGCUUAUUUCCAUCACAUAGCUUCGGCAAGGGCGGCAAAGAAUCACAUACAUUACUUAGUCGACGAUCAAGGCAACCGGUUGGAUAAAGUGGAGCAUAUCAAGAGACAUGCAGUGGCCUUUUAUUCAGAGCUGCUUGGCCGACGAGGAGAGGUUCAAGCACCAGAACUGGACUUGUUGCGAGACCUAAUACCAUACAGAUGGAGUGGCGGUCCGAAUGCUCCGAUGGAUGCCAUUCCCUCGGCCGAAGAAAUUAAGCAGAUCAUGUUCUCUUUACCGGACAAUAAAGCGUCCAGACCGGAUGGAUACCCAAAGGAGUUCUAUACAACUAGUUGGGAAAUUGUGGGGGGAGACGUGAUAAAAGCAAUUCAGGAAUUCUUCCAAACGGGUAAACUACUUGGGCAAAUAAACGUCACUACCAUAGUCUUGGUUCCGAAGAAGUCAGAGGCAACAAAGCUCACAGAAUUUCGCCCCAUAAGCUGUUGUAACACCAUUUACAAGGUGAUCUCGACCAUACUAGCUACUCGACUAAAGGGGGUGGUGAUGAAUAUGAUCUCUAAGAACCAAACCGCGUUCUUGAAGGGCAGAUUGAUGAUAGAAAAUGUAUUGUUGGCUUCUGAAAUCAUCCGAGAAUACAAUAGGACUUCUACCAAAGUAGUGCAAUGA